GUUGUCUUUUGAAUGUCUUACACCGACUGAGCGUCAUUCCCCCUAAUAUCGUGACGUCAGUAUGCGCCGUAUAUAUACCCAAAAUCUCGUGGCGCCUUUACAUUGUCUAUCAUCAUGAAACCUUCCAUUAUUUUGCUGGCCGCCCUCGCCGUUGGAGCCCAGGCAUCGUGGUUUAGCUCUGACGCGCCUCAAUAUACGGAAUGGUCGAAUGAAGAUCUCCAAAAGUGGCUCAAUGAUCAUCACAUCGGUACACCGUGUCCCUCUCGCAAUGACCUCCUUGAACUUGUCAAGUCGAAUUGGGACAGCGCAGCAGCAUGGUCUUACGACCAGUACAUCUCUGCGCAAAAAUCUUUCUCAUCCCUGCGCGACUUGGCUUUUGAUACCUGGGACGAGUCUCGUCUACGUGAGUUCCUAUUGGAGCAGGGCAUUGUUGCGCCGAAGGGACACAAAGAGGAGCUUGUAUUGCUCGUAAAGAAUCGAUACAAGUCUUACACAGAUGCCGCAAGUUCUUUUGCGUCUCAGGCUAGCGCGACAGCGAGCUCGGCAGUGUACGACGCUCGGUACCAAGCGACCCAGUCAUUGUCCAGGAUUGUAGCCCAAGCGACCUCAGACGUGUUAAGGGCGAUGGACGACAGUAAAGAUUACGUGUAUUCGACUUGGGACGAUAAUAAGCUCCGAGACUAUCUCGUGAAGAAGGGUGUUUUGAAGUCGAAGACGGAGAAGAAGAGGGAGGAGCUUCUUGCCAUGAUGAAAGAUGCAUAUUACAGUGUUGCUGACCCAGUUUGGGAGGCAUGGAGUAGCUCUUUCAUUUACGAAUGGCUUUCCUAUCACAAUGUCCUCGACAGCCGUUCCGAUUUGGAGAAGAGUCGCGACGCGCUUUUGGCUCAAAUGUCUAAAUACUACUACACCACUAACUCUUACUUUUGGGAUACUUGGAGUGACAGUGAUCUGAAAGCGUGGCUUGUUGACCACAAGUUCAUCAAGAGCGACGCUCGGGUUAAGAGGGACAAGAUGCUCAAGCUCAUUCGAGAUAAUUACUUCAACGUGCAUGACUCGUUUUGGAACGCUUGGAGCAAUUCUCAGCUUCAUUUGUGGCUCAUCGACAAUGGACAUUUGCGCUCUGACGCCAAAGUCUCAAGAGACGAGCUCGUCAAGUUGAUGAAUCAAAAGUACACUGAUGCAUCUUCACGCACCGCGACUUAUCUCACGUGGCCCGAUGCACGGCUUCGUGCUUUCCUCCGAGAACACGGCAUGAGCGAGAAGGAACUCCCUACUUCUCGGCCGGGUCUACUUCAGGAAACGCGCAUUAGGUAUUCGCAAAGCAAGUCUAGGGUCGAAGCAUUGUUCAACUGGAUCAGGGAUACUGUCAACGCGGUUGGAGAGAAGAUAACCCAGGUGUGGGAGACGUUCACUGGUAGCGUGGAGGAGGGUAAGAAAGGAGAAGAUUCUCAGACCAAGGUCAAGCAGGAAUGGGAGCAGGCGACGGCAAAGGCGGGCGAGGCGAAGGCACAGGGGGAAUUGUAGAGCAUUAUCACAAGUUAAGGUUUUUUUUUGUAGGUUAUGGCGAAGUUGCACUGUGUUGUAUUAUUAUCCCGUCUAAAAUCACGUGGAGAUGUUGAAAAACA